GUUUCUGCUACUGUAUAUAUUCCCUUUGUUCCCUGCCAGUUCACAUAUGUUAUCGCUUUUAAAAUGUAGCGUCCCUGCCUUCAAAAUAAACUCUCUCCUUCGGUGGAGCAGUGCUGAGAAGUGGGGGAGAAAUCUCCUUUCGGGCCUGCCUAACUCCACAUUUUCGCUUUCUGCGUCAGCUUCCCCACCUUCCCAUCAGACUUUCAUUUUCGUUUUUGAGUGCCAGGUGGACUCCGUGAUCUGAAAGUGAUUGGAGGUCUGGAUUGCUUUGCGCUGUUUCUCCCAAAGGUGCUUUUUCAAGAGAGAACUGGACUUUCUGUUUUUUCUUGGAAGACGUUUCGCUUCUCGUCCAAGAAGCUUCCGCAGCUCUGACUUGCGUUGGUUCGCUUCUCUUCGCCUCUCUUCGAACCGCUUGGCUAUCACCUUACAAUGGAGACUGGAGGAGGAAGGAGGAAGGCCUUGCUGGUAGAUGCUUUAGAAUGCCUUGAGGAAAGCGACUUUAAGAAGUUUAAGUCUAAGCUGCGAGAUGUAAAAGUUCCUCAGGGAAAGAAUAUUCCACGUGGUCGGUUGGAAAAUGCAGACCGGUUGGAUCUGGUGGAGCUCCUUGUUCAAUUCUAUGAAGAGAAAGCUGAUACAAUAAUGAUAAAUAUCUUGGAAGACAUGGGUUGCAAGAAAAUUGCUUCCAAUCUCAGCAAAGGUAUGGAUGUGUUGAACCAUAAUUAGAGUUGCAAUAUUUAGCCCCAGAGUGGACAAGAGUAUUAUAGUAUGGACAAUCUCUCUAGCUAUUGGCUGCACCUUAAGGAAGUUGCAGUAAGAGUAUACACAUUUGGGUGAAAGAAGCAGUGUGACUGCACCUUUCUCUUCCGUAAACAUGUUACUUUUCUGGGUCUUGACACCUACCAUGCAAAGCCAAGAAAACCAAGCUCUAGUCCUGCCUGAGCCGAGGUGGCGUAGUGGUUAGAGUGCAGUACUGCAGGCUACUUCAGCUGACUGCUAGCUGCAGUUCG